GUGCCUCCGUUUUUUAUUCUUAAUUCGAUUUGAUUUUUUCGCUUGGGAAACUUGGAGCGAUUAUCUCAGCUCUCCCCUUCUUCCCGCCCUCCUUCCCCCUUGGGUACUAAGAGGAUGCAAUAACCAGUGGGGCUUUUCUGGGCCGGUGGUUCCGGACGUGCUGUGUGGCCCUGAGGUGUCUCUGGUCAGAAGAGAACAAGCAGGGAGGGCUGUUUCCUGGGUUGGAGACAUGCAGCAGCCUGCAGACAGAGAGCUGUAAGGGCCCCAGCUGCUGAGAAAGGAAGGAGCCAAGAGAACCCAAUCGGACAGUGUCCCAGCAAACAGCAGCACCUGGAUCUUUAUUCAUUGGGGCAUCACUGAAUAAGGUCCUGUGGUUAAAGACUCUCCCAUAUGGUUCCCAGACCUUUGAAAAUUCUGUCCACGGUGAAGUGAAGAGAACAAGGAAGGGAAGGAAAGGAGGGGAAAAAGCCAGGAAGUGACAUAAUGUUCCGAAAAAAGAAAAAGAAACGUCCAGAAAUCUCUGCCCCGCAGAACUUCCAGCACCGUGUCCACACGUCCUUUGACCCCAAGGAAGGCAAGUUUGUGGGCCUCCCUCCACAAUGGCAGAACAUCCUGGACACCCUGAGGAGGCCCAAACCUGUGGUGGACCCUUCACGUAUCACCCGGGUCCAGCUCCAACCCAUGAAGACGGUGGUCCGGGGCAGCACCAUUGAAGUGGAGGGCUACAUUUCCGGGCUGCUCAAUGAUAUUCAGAAGCUCUCUGUCAUCAGCUCCAACACCCUUCGGGGCCGGAGCCCCACCAGCAGAAGGAGAGCUCAGUCGCUGGGGCUCCUGGGGGAUGAACGAUGGGGCCCAGACACAGACAUGUACCUUCAAAGUCCCCAGCCUGAGAGGGCUGACCCCUAUGGUAUCUACCUCAACUGCAACGGGGGAGCCAAAGCAGGCCGACGAGAGAUGAUGUGGCCGGAAUACCAGGCUGACCAGGCCCAGCCUAACGGGCUGGUGAUGAAAACCCAGUCCCUAGGGCCUGCAGAGUUCCAAGGUGCUGCCCAGCGAUGCUUACAGCUCACUUCCUGCCUGCCCAGUCCACCCCUGGAGACUUGCCCUGCCCUGACCUCAAGCAGAGGUGGCAAGGUUGGGAGGCAGAAUUCAGAGGACCGAAGACCCCAGUCCUGCCUGGUGGGCCCGGCUGCGGGCAGGCCCAGUGGGGAGGGCAGCCCCAGCCCCAAGACUCAAGAGAGCGGCUUGAAGAAUAAGCUUUUCCGUAGCAUGUUUAUUUCUGAUGGCAGCAGCAAGCCAGCCCCAGCUGCAAAGAGCAAGCCCAAUUCCCUCUUCCGGUCGAUACAGAAAGACUCUCCCCCGAGCCUGUCAGCCAAGGCCCCGUCUUUGCUCUCUGAUCAGUCCGCGGGGGAUUUCGAUAACCUGAUCGUCUCUGAAACCAGCAGCCCCCAGAAGUCCCUUCGGACGGCUCCGGCAGCAGCCCCACCCCCUGGCCGCCCCUCCCCCGCCGGCUCCCCCCGAACCCGGCACCCCCAAACCAGCGCCAGCAACCUGCACCUCCCCCAAGACCCUGCCACGGCCAAGGCCCUUGUAACAGCCGGAGAGGAGCCAGGCAUCGUGACCCAUGAACAAUUCAAGGCAGCCCUAAGGAUGGUGGUAGACCAAGGAGAUCCCCGACUGCUGCUGGAGAGCUACGUGAAGAUCGGGGAGGGUUCCACGGGCAUCGUCUGCCUGGCCCGGGAGAAGCACUCCGGGCGUCAGGUGGCGGUCAAGAUGAUGGACCUGAGGAAACAGCAACGCCGAGAACUGCUCUUUAACGAGGUGGUGAUCAUGAGAGAUUAUCAGCACGCCAACGUGGUAGAGUUGUACAAGAGCUACCUGGUGGGUGAAGAGCUGUGGGUGCUGAUGGAGUUUCUGCAGGGGGGUGCCCUUACUGACAUUGUGUCCCAAGUCAGCCUGAACGAGGAGCAGAUCGCCACCGUGAGUGAAUCAGUCUUGCAAGCCCUCGCUUACCUUCACUCUCAGGGUGUCAUCCAUCGAGACAUCAAGAGUGACUCCAUACUCCUGACCCUUGAUGGAAGGGUAAAACUCUCAGACUUUGGAUUCUGUGCCCAGAUCAGCAAAGAUGUUCCCAAAAGGAAGUCUCUGGUUGGCACUCCUUACUGGAUGGCUCCAGAAGUGAUCUCAAGGUCUCCAUACACAACUGAGGUGGAUAUCUGGUCUCUGGGCAUCAUGGUGAUUGAGAUGGUGGAUGGGGAGCCCCCGUAUUUCAGCGACUCUCCAGUGCAAGCUAUGAAGAGGCUUCGGGACAGCCCCCCACCCAAACUGAAAAACUCUCACAAGACCUCCCCAGUGCUUCGAGACUUCCUGGAGAGGAUGCUGAUUCGAGACCCCCUGGAUCGAGCUACCGCCCAGGAGCUGCUAGACCACCCCUUCCUGCUGCAGACAGGGCUUCCAGAGUGUCUGGUGCCUCUAAUUCAGCUCUACCGAAAGCGCACCUCUACCUGCUGAGCCUACCAGUAGUGUCCAUCAGCCUCCCGGACCCCGCGGGCCUGGGGACGCUGGACAGAGGAAGCACCAGCAGCCUUCCAAGCAGGCGAGGAACAGUGCCUGCAUCAUCUCAGUAUUUUCUCCAAAGACUGAAUGUGAAAUGAUCCCCCAAACUGCCCAGGUCCCAUUAACCUUUGGUCCAGCGUGCCAACGAGGAUUUCUCCCCUUGGCUCCCCCGCCCCUUCUCCUCCCUCUCUCUCCUAAGAGAGACACUAGUUGUCUUUGGAAUUACUGAGACAACUCUUGGCAGGAUGACGUUUUGGGAAUUCUCCAGUACACAUCCAAUUCUUUGUACAGAACUGUUUCUGAGGAACCCCGAAGACCAGAAUAGUCUUAUACAAGGCCCACCAGGCUCCAAGGUGAGAGCCAGUUCUUCCUAACUCUUCCCAUCUUCAUGUGGGGACUUAAGAGCAUCAGACCAAAACCAUGUGUUCUAGUCCAGCAAACAUAAAUCAUCUGUGUCUCUGGGAGGAGCUUGUCUAGGGAAAGGUUUUAUAACCAGAAGACCUAUUUCUUUCCCUUAUGCCUCAACUACUUAGGGAUAGAAGGUGAGGAAGAACAUGGAUAUGCUAUCUAAAUCUGUUUGCUGGCUCUGCAUACAUCCUCCCCUACAAUCUGGGUGCUGCUCUGGCUCUGGGCCAGAAACAGAAUCAACCUUCAGCUGAAAACAAGAUAUUUUCAGUGGGAAACUUUGUCUCAGGAGAGAAUGUCCCCGAGGACAAAGGGAUGCCUCCCUCUAAGAGUUAGAGGAAGCAUUCAGGGAGCUUUGGGCCCUGGUUAGAUCCCAAAGCUAGGAUCAAUAAUACCAGUCCCAUCCUCAUUCCCAAAUAAUUUAGUUCCUAAGGGACUUCUUCCUUUUUGCUUCCCACCCUCUAAGUCCAAACUAGGUCCCUGGUAUAUCUGUAUUUAAGCUUAGUGGAGUCUAGGUGACUCAACUUUUGGGGUCUUUUCAGAAGUUUGUCCUUCUAUUUCUGGAGGACCCUCAGGUUUCAGAAAGCCAGAGCCAGGAGUGGGCAGAAAGCAAUGGUCAAGUAACUGGAACUUAGUUUUACCUGUGAAUUUCACAAAUGGAACCCCUUCUUUCACGGCAUCCCAGGUAACCAAACCAUCAUGGUUCAAGGCCUUCAAGGUCUCAUUUCAGCACCUCAUGAAGACCAUCCCAGGGGUGAGAUUCUCAGAACAAUUAACUUUCAUCUGUUUCCUUAGGCACUUCAACUCAAAUCCAACAAAUACUAAAGCAGCACUUCCUUUGCCUAGGGCACAGUACUAGGCUAGGAGCUCCCAUCAUCAGGGCUGUUGAAGGCAGGGAUCUCCAAGAAACAGUUUUGUCAGAUUCCUUCCCCACCCAGAAGGGAUUUUCUGAGUCCAGUGUUUCCUAAUAACCUGCUUUUGAGCAAGAUGGCAAAGUCCUUUUUUUUUUUUUAGGUCAGAAUUGGAAACUGAUCACCCUUCCUAGAGAACUUUUGUGAAUUGUUUGCACUUGUUUCCUGUUUUAAAUUAAAAUGGUUGUUCUUAA